AUUCAUAUUUGAAUUUCUCCAACUCUUGUCAUGCCGCGCUCGGCCCCCACUCCCCCCGAUUCCAGUGAGAUGCGAGGGGAGACGCUUUCCUUUGGUAGCUGUUCCCUCGGGGGCUCUUCUGCCAUACCGACCAAAUCUGGGCCGAGCUCAACCCCGCCGCCCUCUCUACGGGACUCUUGGGACUCGGACUCUAAGUUCGAGUCGGUGCACCCCGAUCCUUCUGCCAAGAUCCUGGGGUUCAUCUACUAUUCGUCGGAGGAGGACGAGAGGACCCCUUCUCCGUCGGCUCCGCCGGUCCGUCGUGAGGUUGUCGCCCCCCCGGUUCCUGUCGCCUGCGGUGGCCGAGGUCGCCGCCCUCCGGCUCCUCCCGCAGCGAUCCCAAGCGAGAGCUCCGUGGCAUCCCACCAUCCGAGCCGUUGCUCCCUUGAAGACCCAGGCUCGCCCAGCUAUGACGAGUCCACCGGGCACUCCGUCACCAGUCGGGCUCCUUCACCUUCUUACCCCCCACCUUGUCUUUGCGAGCGGGGGUGGAAUUGUGGCAUGCACUGAAGUCUACCCGUACUUUUAAUUGCAAGGUGUUUAAUUGUUGUAAGGCGUUUGUGCCAUGUAUUUGCCCGUUUUCCGGGAUGAAUAAAAUUUGGAUUUGAUC